AUGUUUACUUACUAUCCGCGUAUGAAUAAUUUACACCUUUGUUCGAUGACCAAUUCGAAGGAAGCAUGGGCACAAGUGACAAAUAAUUCAAUACCUUUGGAUUACCAAAGCAUUGUCCAAUGGUUAACAAAUCGUCAAUGGACAACACAAUCCAUUGCUGAUUGGCAAACUUUCUACAAUUCGACUUCGAAAACUCUUUUUUAUGAUAAUGGUGAUAACAUAAUCUUGGUUGAUCUUCCAAAACUACCGGCCUAUCAAGAUUUUGAACCAUAUCAGUGUAAAAAGAACAUCACUGAUGUUGGUAUAGUUUCGAGGCCGUCCAAACUUCGCUCACUGCUCAAAAUAAUGAAAAUGACUUCAUGA